AUGAAGAACAAUAUGCGGAAUUCCCCUCGUACUAUCAUUAACCUUACGGGCACGGCUUCGUUUCCCAACAUAGUAGAUUAUGGAUUUUACCAACUCAAGCUCAACAUUCACUUUGGUUGGAUAUUCAGAGUAACGUAUCCGAAUGUUAGAGGAAUGAGACGAGAGUUGUUGGGAUGCGGCUUGUCAGAAGAUGGGCAACUUGGAAUUGGCAGCCGGAGCUCGGCGUGUGUUACUCUUCCAGAACAAAUUGUUGGUGCUCCUCUGAAUGCUGCGGGUACGGCUGUAGUAAGCGUAGCUUGUGGAGAGAAGCAUACUAUUCUACUAGCUGAAGAUGGAAAAAUGUGGAGUGUGGGUGGAAAUGAAGAUGGCCAGCUCGGAAGAGGCGGUCGAGGACCCGGUAGCUUCACUAUUUAUCCCGUUUCAUUCAGCGGCGGCGUAAAAAUGCUACAGAUUGCAGCUGGUCGGUCACACUCGCUAUCGGUUGCAGAAGAUGGCCGUUUGUUUGCAUGGGGAAGUAACGAACAUGGUCAACUUGCAAUGCCUCGUCAUAUCUCAUGGCAAGAAACACCAAAUUCAAUUUUUCGGCGUGUGGGUGAACUCACUGAAGUUGUUCAAGUAGCAUGUGGACCCCUCCAUUGUAUCGCACUGCUAGAGAGUGGAGCAGUUGCUGUUUGGGGUGAGCAAGCAGAUGGUGCUAUUCUACAUUCUCCGCAAAUUGUAUCUCAACUUAUUGGUGUUCCUAUUGUAAGAGUGAUUGCUGGUGGUCGACAUUGUGUUGCUAUUUCUGCUGGUGGCGGCGUGUAUGUGUGGGGUCAAAAUGAGUACGGCCAACUCGGUACAGGAGAUACCUUGCCUCGAUCAACCCCGUUUUUCUUGGAAGGCAUGAGUGCUAUGCACAUUAUCGAAGCGUUCUGUGGUGACUCUCACACUCUACUACUCUCUCAAGAAGGACGACUUUUUGCAUUUGGUUCUGAUGCCCAUGGACAAAUAGGAGGCGGAAGGAAGGAAUGUCUCAAAUGCACUGCCUUUACAUGGUCAGGCAACUAUUUUGCGAAAAUCAGGGAUCUUACCAUGGGACAACGAUUGGCGCCAACGCUUGCCAUUACUUUUAUGGCUAAAAUUGAGCUAACGAUUUGGGAAACACGACCAUUGCUUUAUUGUCGAUAUAUCGACGGCCGUUUCGUUGUCUAUUCGUCUCAAGCAGAGAUGGACAACUGUUUCAAGGUGCUAAGUGAGCAGUCGAAGUAUAUAAAGUUCACUCGGGAUAAGCCUGAAGGAGAAUGGUUACCCUUUCUCAACUUCCAAGUGCAUAUUUCAAACAGAACGCAGAGGACAAAUUAG